GUGACAAGCGACGGACGUCAGCUGGACUGUCAUUUCAUUUCAUUUAUUAAAUUGUUCUUUGAAUAUUUUUUUGUAAUUUGUUCCUAAAGAUUGUAUUAAUUUUAUGUAUUUGCUGAUAUUUGAAACAAAUUGAAUAGUUUAAAAGUUGAAUAAAAACUUCCAGGUCAUAAAAAUCCUUUCCCUGUUCAUUAAAUGACUCAGGACCAUGACGUCACAAAGUUCAGAAGUCAAAGGUCCCAAGCGUUUCUCAGAUGCCGGAGAACUAACUGGCGAAAAACCUACUAGAGAGUUUGCAGAAAUAAAGAUUCCAGUUCCAUGGGGACACAUCUCUGGCAAAUGGUAUGGCCCACAAGAUAUCCGUCCAAUUCUUGGUCUACACGGUUGGUUAGACAAUGCUGGAACAUUCGAUAACUUAGUUCCUCUUCUUGCUCCCAAUGUGGCCUUCCUAUCGAUUGAUUUGCCUGGCCAUGGUCUAUCAUCACGUCUUCCAGACGGAUGCUACUACAAUGUAAUCGACAAUUUAGUUGUAAUUCGAAUGAUCAUGAAUCAAUAUCAAUGGAAGAAGGUUUCUUUAAUUGGUCAUUCGAUGUCAGGAAUAAUUGCUUUCUUAUUUGCUGCAAUUUUUCCUGACAAAACCGAAAGUAUCAUAUCCAUUGAUGCCUUGAAACCGCAUAUGAGAUCAGCAGAAAAAGCAAUCAGUUCGAUGGCAAGUCGAUUGGAAGAGUUUCUUAUAGAAGAUGAACGCAACCAAAGCGUAAUUGAACCGCCCAGUUACACAUAUGAUGAAUUAAUCGAAAAGCUAAAUCAUGGAUCGUUUUAUUCUGUGGAGAGAAAUAACUGCAAAUACAUGUUGGCGAGAAAUAUUCAAAGAUCUGAAAAAGAUCCAGAAAAAUAUUUCUUCUGUCGAGAUCGAAGAGUAAUGUUUUAUAAUUACGCUGUGGCGCCUCAAGAAGUUGUGGUAGAGAUGGCGAAGAAGAUAACUGCUCCUCAUAUGUUUAUUAAGGCACGAAGUUCAAUUUACUUUGAAGACAAAAAGUAUUAUGAUCAGGUGAUGGAAAUUUUAAUGCCAAAAGAGAACUUUGAAUAUGUUGAGGCUAAUGGAACACAUCAUUUGCAUUUAAAUAAUCCGAAAGAUAUCGUUGAUGAUGUUAAUAAGUUUAUUGAACGAUAUGGGCCUAAACGAGAGGUUCGAGCAGCUACAAGCAAACUGUAGGCUAAUAUUAUAGGGAUUUUGAUAAAAAUGUACCACAAUAGGUAUCUUUUUUAGGGGAGGGGAUAUUUUGUAGUUAAUUUUUUAUGUGAUUCAAUAAAUUCUUAUUUAUAUUUCAGUA